AAAUUAGAAAUAUGCAUUAAAUAACAACACUUGAAACUGACACACCUAAAAAAACGGUAGAAAAUGAGUUUAAUUAUCAUAGAAUAGCUUUUCAAUAAGAUCAUUGGCUCUACCUAGAAUAACCUUUGUUAAAUUUGAAAAAUCCCCUUACCAAAGUGGAAUUCAUGAACACACGAGUAAUGUCCCAAAACGUUAUAACAGAUAGUAUUAUAAGAUCCAACAAUCUGCCAAGGAUCGAGAUUUGAUUAGCGAUGUUAACUGAAUUGGUUAUUGUUUAGAAAGAUGUAUAUGCCACGCUUUCAAAUAAUCAUGAAGAACCUUACCUAGACCGUAAGCCUAAAGACCUUGUUGGAGACGAAGCUUACAAAUCCUACUAUCAUACAUUUAAAAAUAUUAAACGAAUUCUAGAAUAGAAUCAAUUCGAGAAUAUUGCUAGUAUAUUUAAUUAAAAAAAAUUAUUUAGAUUCUGUAUAAACUAAUCUAAUCUAAAAAGCAGAUAAACUUAAAAUUUUACCAUGCAAAAUGGGACUUAUCAAACUUAAAGGAGAUAAAAACUCCAUAGCCAUUUAAAACUAAAAAUUUGGUGAUAAAUAUGUAGAAGUUCUAUCAGAAGGAUUAAGAACAUUACCUACUAUCCAAGAUUUCAACUUUAAUCAUAAUCGAAUCAAAGAAUAUGGAGCAUCGUAGUUGUUUCCUUUAAUCAGCAAAUAAGCAAGAAAAAUUGAGUUUUAAACUAAUACCAUAGGACAGAAAGGUCUUGAACCAAUUCUAUAAUGUUUACCAUUAUAGACAUGCAAGUAAAUUUGAAUUGCAAUCUCAAGGAUCUAGAUUCUCAAUUUAGAAGAUAAUUAAUUAGGGGAUGCAUUAAUUUUAGACUUGUGUAAAGCCAUGAGUAAGAAUCCAUCUGUAGAGAUGCUCAAUAUAUCAAAGAACAAUAUUACAAAUGCUUCUUAUCAAGCAAUUAAGCAGAUGAUUGAAUAAAAUGAUACUCUACUUGAAUUAUAUAUGAGAUGGAAUUCUAUCAAAGGAUCUGGAGGCUGUGAAAUUUUUAAAGUGCUUUAAGCAAAUAAGAAUAUAAAGGUUUUAGAUUUCUCUUAUAAUUUACUUGGAGCUGGAAAUAUCAUUAUAACAGCACUUAAAGACUUUAUAAUUGAAAAUAAGACUGUUUAGCAUUUGGAUUUAUCAGCAAAUGGAUUCACAUAUUAGGAUUGCCUUUAAAUUUCUGAAGCUUUAAAAUCCAAUCAUUCUAUUUAUGGAUUCCAUUUUAGAGGCAAUUUUGGUUAUGUGGACUCAAAAGGAUUUCUGAUUAUUGAGAAUAAUAUGAAAAAUUAUAAUUCUAUUCAUGUAGAUCAAAGGAUUAAAGGAGUAUCUCCAAAUCCAAAACCAUAUGAACACUCUUCUCAUUUUGAGAAAUUAAAAGAUGUUUGUUGGAUUUGUGAUGAAUGGUAAAUGAGUACUUUUGAGUGGAUUCCAAGUAUUUAUAUUAAAUUAUUAUAGAUUAAAGUGGAGCUUGUUCUGAUGAGCCAAUAUUUAUUCAUUUAGAUUAUGAAGGCUUUGAACCAAUAUUCUUAGGGAAACCUGAUUCUAAUGGUAAUUUUAAGACUCAUCGUAUGAUUCCAACAGGAGAUAUAGAAUAUUUUUAUACUGCCAAUUCAAUUUAAAUAGCUAGUCAAACUGCUCCAAUUAAAUAACAUAUAGAAAAAUUUAGAACAAAAGUUACAAUUGCAGAUUAAUUAGUAAAUGUCCUUAUUGAUGAAACAAAUUUAGAAAGUUUUAAAAAAUCAAAGCCAGUUAUAGAAGAUUGGUAUCCUACAUAUGAUGUUUUACCAAGAACAUAGGAUCCAAUAUAUAUUCCAGCAAAAAGAAAAAAGUAGAAAAGAGUUUGGAGUUAUCCAAUAUCUAUUUGGGCACCAAAAUAUAAAUUUGAUACUGAGGAACUUCUAAGGAAAUGUUUUGAAAGAGAUUGGGCUUGCUGUAAAAUAGCUAAAUUUGUAAAAAAAUAAGAAGAAUAGGAUCAAGUGAAGGAAUUAUUAUGGCAAGCAUAUAAACCAAUGAGAGAAACUUAUAGAUUUUAUGCAAGUGUUAAUCCAACAGGAGAUGUAUUCUCAAUGUCUGUAAAUCCAACUUCUGAUUUUAUUAAUUAAUGUUAAUUGAUAGAUGGGAAAUAAUUAAAAUUGGCUGAUGUAGAUUUAAAGUUUAUUGCAACAUGUAGUGCUUCAUCUAUAGAUUGGAAAGGAAAUUACAGAAAUCCUGAAAGAUCUUUAGUUAGAUAUCAAAUGAUGGAAUUCUUAGUUAGAUUGUCAGAUGAUAAAUAUGUUAGAUUUAAUCCUUAAAUCAAUAUAGUUUAAGCAACUAAAAUGAUUUUGGAUUAGUGUAUGCCUCAUAUGUCUUAAUAUGAUUGUCAUAAAUGGAGAGCUGAACGUUAUUUUGUAGAAUAAUGUGAUGAUGUUUGUAAAAAAUAUAAGUGGGUUAUUGAUUAUGUUUAUAUGAGAAAUUCUUAAAAGAAAGUUAAACCAGGUCAACCUCCUUUUAUGUGUUUAGAUGAACUCAAAGAUAUUUGCAAUAGAGCCAAUUUAUAUGAUGAAAAUUUUGUUGAAAGAGAUGUUAACUUAGCCUUUAAUUUAUCUAUGUUGACAUAAGUUGAUGAAUUGGAAAGUGAUCGAUUGUUUUAAAUGCAAUGGAUAGAAUUUAUGGAAGCUAUUGCUAGAAUUUCAGAAAAAUAUUCUCCUAUUGCAUUAGGAAAGAAAGAUGAAGUAACAUUUAAAUUUAUAAAUUUAGAAAGAAUGGAAUUAUGAAUUAAGAUUUUAAUAACCUUUGUAUUAUAAGCUUGAAGCAUUCAUGAUUCAUUUAAUUAAUACUCUGGUUGAUGAAGAAACCAAAAAGAAUUGGAAGCAACCAACGAUUUCUAUGUUUGAUGAAGUUGAAGAAGAUGAAUAUUAUUGAAAUAUGUAAUGUUCAUUUUACGU